CCAUGGCCUGCCUUUAUAAGCCAUAAGACUGGUGCAAGAACAAAGAGAUCUGAAGAGAGAGACCUGAAGCUAGAGAAGAGAGAAUAGGGAUUGAGCUCCUCAAAAAUUAGGUAGCUUCCGUCAAAGAGGAGAGAUGAUCAAAGGGGAGAAGCAGCUUGAUAGCCAUGAAGAGCAGUUAAAAGACGAGAUAAAAAAUGAUGAUCAGUUGCCGGAUGACAACUUUUUCAAGUCCUUACACAAAUCAAGCACAAAAAAACAGGUGUGUUCUCCAAGCCCAAGGGAAAGAUCUCAAAUGAACUCAGAAUCAGAGCAAACCUCAUCAAAUCUAAAGGCUCAGAACAAGGAAGAUAAACUCGCAUCCACAAGGGCUGAGAUGGGUGAGGUAAGAGAAGAGAACGAGAGGCUAAAAAAGAUGUUAUCACACAUUGUAGAGAACUACCGAUCUCUUCAAAUGCACUUCGACGUUCUUCAACAAGGACAAGCCAAGAAGUUUGCAGACCCUCCGACCGCUUUCCCCACCAACAUGGAAGAGCCUGAAUUCGUCUCACUGAGCCUCGGCAAGAGCACAAGCACGCGCAAGAAGGAAGAGGAUAGUCUUGCCGAAGGCAAAGUGACAGAAGACUCGUUGAAUAUUAAAGGAGGAGGCCUCUCUCUUGGAUUAUCAGACUGUAAAUUUGGUGCUACUAACAGUUCGAAGAUACAGCCCGAUGUGCUGAACCAGAGCCCUGAAGGCAGUUCUGGGGACGCCAAGGAUGACACCGUGGAGACAAAAGAGCAAUGGCCGCCCAGCAAAACGCUCAAGAACAUGAGGAGUGUCGGUGCUGAAGCCGAUGAUGACACAGGUCCACUGCCGCAGAUCAAGAAGGCUAGGGUGUCCGUGAGGGCAAGGUGUGAUGCACCGACGAUUAAAGACGGAUGCCAAUGGAGGAAGUACGGGCAGAAAAUAGCCAAGGGGAACCCGUGCCCCCGCGCCUACUACCGGUGCACCGUUGCAGCAGGAUGCCCCGUCAGGAAGCAGGUGCAGAGAAGCGCUGACGACAUGUCGAUCCUGAUCACCACCUACGAGGGCACGCACAACCACCCGCUCUCCGCCUUCGCCACCGCCAUGGCCUCCACCACCUCAGCCGCCGCGUCCAUGCUCACCUCGGGCUCCUCCUCCUCCCUCGGCUUCCCCACUGCCUCCGCCGCCGCCGCUGCAGGGCUCAACUUCGGCUUCCCGGCGCCGCACGACGCCCCCAAGCCGUUCUUUCUACCGACGGGCGCCGCAUCCAUCACUUACAACCCGUCCUAUCCGACCAUCACACUGGACCUCACCUCGCCGGCAGCGGCCACCUCCCAGGCCUUCUCCAUGAGCAACAGGUUCUCGUCGAGCUUCGGUCACGGCACCAGGUACUCGCCUCCCACUAGCUUCUCCUUCUCCAGCUCCGGGCCCAGCGAGCUGUCCAUUGCUGCAUGGCCGGCGGCCGGUGGUGCUGGGUACCUUAGCUACGGGUCACCAGCUGCGCCGUCGUACAACGGCGUCAAGCUCAGCUCUUACGAAGCUGCACUUAGCAGCAUCAGUGGAAGGCAAAGUGGGGAGGGCCCGGUGCUCUACCAGCAGCAGAGGACUUCUGCAAGCGGGAGCGCGCCGGCCGGCGUGCUCACGGACACGAUAGCAAAGGCGAUCACGUCGGACCCGGAAUUCCACACGGCGCUGGCGGCCGCCAUCACGUCGUACGUCGGCAAUCAGGGCGGUGGGUCAUCGGCGGGAAGGGAGGGCAGCCAGAUGCAGGGGCUCAGGUGGGGACAGCACCUCGGUCUGGGGCCGUCGCCGUCAAGCACGGCCACGGCAUGCUCGUCGGCGCUGCUGGGUGCCCCAUGGACAACAGAGCACAUGAGCUGAAGAUUCCAAACGUGUUUAGUUCACUCGACUGUUAUUGGCAUUCAAGGGCGGACCGAGUCAAAAAGAAAUUAAGCGAGGGCAUACCAGCGAUUUGAUAUUUACAACUUCAUGAAAAAAGAUCUAGGUCCACUGAAAAAUAAGAAUCUGAGCGGUGGCGUGUGCCCUUGCUGGGUCUAUGAUGAGUACCCCAUGUUGGCAUUUGGUCAUUUUAUUAUUUGGUGUAGAUAUCCUGACUCACUGUAGAAUAAUAGGAUAAAGAAAUUGUUUGAUUCACAGUAAACAUGUAAAACAGAGAAUCGAGUUUGUGUUUUUCAGUCCAUUCCUUUUUU